AUAUGGCAUUAAUUUAGUGGGAGGGCUCAAAUGUGAAGGCUUGGAAGGAAGAAAAACCCUUCCAACAAACCCAAUCUACGAGAUUAAUAUAACGGUCCCUUUCCUUAUUUUCCUCUCUUCCCCUUGUCACUCUGACCAACCGUUUCUCUCUCGAGCAAAUCGAUUCUUAGAGGAAAAAAAGGACCAACUUUUUCAUAUGAAUUUUCUUCUUCACCAAGCUCCCUGAAUCUUCCGAAAAAAUGUGCUACAAUGGACCAGCGAAGGACGUUGACGAUGAAUUGGGACAAUGACCAUGAAGAAGACGAUGAUGAUAACUUUUUCGAGCCACGAGAUCGGUUUUCCUCCGUCGAGCCGGAAGAUUUGGCAUCUUCUGAAUCUGACGACAACGACUUUGAUGACGAACGCUUCUCGUUUUGCUCAGCUAUCUCCUCGGCCAACAAUUCCUUUGAGGAGGCUGCCGCUGCCAAUGCCGCGAGACCUUGCUCUGUUCUCGCAGUUGAUUAUGAUUUAUGGUUGGCGGAGCCGGGGGACGUCAAGGAGCGCCGCCGCCGCCUCCUCCAAGGCAUGGGGCUUUUGAGCAACAAGAGCAUGCAAAAGAUCGCUAGCGCAAAGAAAUUGGGGAGGGAAAUUCCAAAAGAAGCUGAACCAGAAAAGGCAGAGGAUUCAAAACAGCCAAAAGAGUCUUCUUGUUCUCCCCGGAGAUUGGGCAUUGUUCUUGUCCGGUCAAGAUCCGCCGGUGAUAUAGGCUCCUUAUCUAUCGAUGCCAACAAGAGGAAAGAAGACUUGAUUGGGUCUGGCCCGUUGAUCAGAAACAGAUCAACGGCCAGAAAUGGGAUGCCCCCGCCUAUCCUUUUAGGAGGCGGGAACCUCAACCCAUUUUUCCUGAUAAAGGGGGGUAACGAGUUCGAUAACAACUUGGACAGAUUCUCCCCCGUUGCCGAGGAAGUGAUACACAGAGCAAGCGCGUCACCCGGCAACAACUAUGACCGAAAACUGCAUGUAAAUUCGUAUCUUACCAAGAGCGUUAGGUACAGUAAGAGGAGAGGGGUUGCCAUUCUGAGGAACAUAAAGGGAGUGGUGAUGAACGGGGAACAGAAGCCGAAGUCGAAGCCGAGCAAGCACUCAUCUCAAUGGAUCAAAGUCCGGCAGCACGGGAAGCCGUACAAGGAGUUCACGGGCUUACAUUUGUGUCAAGAAAUCCACGGCCACCAAGGCUCAAUUUGGAGCAUAAAGUUCAGUUCGGACGCGCAUUACUUAGCAAGCGCUGGAGAGGAUAGAGUGAUUCACGUGUGGGAAGUGCAAGAAUGUGAUGUCAUGGCCGGGGCCACGCCCGUACAUCCUGCUGCAGUUGCAAGUCCCGCCGCUUGCGCGUCUCCCGUUCAUCCCAUGGCUUCCUGCAGCAAUUUGGAAUGCGGUUCGGAGGGAGCAAACGGGGAGAGGAAGAAGAAGAAGAAGGGGAAAUCAAUUCCAGACUAUGUGAUUGUCCCGGAAACUGUGUUUGCUCUUUCGGAGAAACCAGUUUGCACUCUCAUUGGCCAUCAUGACGUUGUGUUGGACCUCUCUUGGUCAAGGUCUCAGCUCCUUCUUUCCUCUUCAAUGGACAAGACAGUGAGACUGUGGGAUGUGGAGAACCAGAGCUGCUUGAAAAUGUUUGCCCACAAUGACAAGUUUUGUACUCCCUCCGUCCCUCAGUUUUUGUCCACUUUUGAAUUUUGGAAUUUUUCAUCUAAGCACUUUGACUCACCAAAUUCCCUCAAUGUUGGGUCACUGGAUUCAAAGGUUAGGAUUUGGAACAUAUCCGAGCGGAAAGUGGUGGACUGGACUGAUCAAAAAGAAAUGAUCACUGCUACUUGUUACACACCCAAUGGAAAGGGUGCUAUGAUAGGUUCACACAGAGGAAGCUGCCGUUUUUACAGUACCACUGAUUGCAAAUUGGAACAAAAAGAUCAGUUCGAUACACAAAACAAGAAAAAGUCCCAAAUAAAAAAGACUACAGGUUUUCAGUAUUCACAAUGGAAUUCCUCAGAGGUCCUCAUUUCCACAGCCGAUUCGAGCAUCCGAAUCCACGAUGGAUCAAGUUUUACUCACAAGUUUAAAGGUUUCCGCAACACAAGUAGUCAAAUUUCAGCUUCGUACAGCCCAGAUGGGAGGUACGUGAUAAGCCCGAGCGAAGAUUCACAAGUGUAUAUAUGGAGGAGAGAAGAGUCUAAUAAUAAGAGCGGAGCUGGUGGGAAAGGCAAAAGGCUCACCAUCCAUGCUCAUGAGCAUUUUCCAUGUAAAGACGUUUCGGUGGCCAUUCCAUGGCCCGGCACCAUGAACUAUGAACCACCAGUUGUGCAACUCCAUUCCAAAAGGCAUUCUAAGCGCUUCCUUCCACCGCCAUCGCCACUCCAGUAUGGAUCACCUAGCAACUGGGCCUUCAUUGGUUCUCCUUCAAAUGAAGAUGAGGGAUUGGUGAGCAAGAGGCAUUUGCCUCCACUGCCGAAGAGAAAUGACAACAAUGCGUCUCAUCAUGAGAGUAACAACCAUAUUGACGCUGAGUUUUCUGGAAUGGAUGACCAUUACUCUAUCGGCUCGCCAUCACCGUUUUGGUCCUCCAGGCUUGAUGGCGGGGCCCACCACGGCGGGAACACGACCAUCCAAGCAAUGGCGUGGGGGCUUGUUAUCGUGACAGCAAGUUUGGGAGGCCAGAUUAGGGUGUAUCAAAAUUUUGGAUUGCCUGUGAAAGCCACUCGGCAGACAAAUCUUUUUAGAGACCUCACAUGAAUGAAAUGAGCAUAUGAUCUGCAAGUUCCAUAUUUCUCCAUUUCAUUUCACCAGUAGAGGUAGCUCAGGACUAGUUGAUA